AUUUAUUAUUGACAUUUUGAAGUUUUCGUUAUCCCGUUAAACGACUAAAGGUCAUUUGACUCUUUGUUUUUUGUUCUUCAUACUUUGUACUUUUGUACAUACAAUGCCUGUAAAGAGUAAUGGUAAUGAAAAUAUAGAAAAUGAAAUUCAGCAAUCAAUCCAUCCACCUUCUGAACAACAGCAGCCAGUUUAUGAAAUUACUUUAACGGAUAAACUAAAUAAACGUCUUUUACAAUCAUUUUUAAGUAGAAUUAAUAAUUUUGAACAUAAUUUUAAUAAAAUGAAUAGUGAGACUCAUACCUCCACAGAUGAAGAAAAUGAAUUUAAUUGAAUUUGUAUCAUGUAACAUAACCUCAAAUAGUAAAUAAGAGCGGGAGUUGUGUUGAACUGCUUGUCUUUUAUUUAGUGGUUUAUAUUGUUUAUAAUCCAUAUAUAAUAUAUAAAAAUGUCUGAAGACGAAGCUGUGGGCAAUAUUAACAACGACUUGGAAAUAAUUCUCGAUGGAGAUGAAGCAGAGUAUACAGAAGAGCAAUCUGGAGAAGUUAAUGGUGAGGAAAAUCAAGAAAGUGCAGAGGGUCAAACAAGAAAGGAGGUCAAACAAAAAAGAAUUGUUAAAAAUCCUCAACCUAAACUUAAUGAACAAACUUUGAAAGGACCUAAGGGUCUUGCAGCCAUCGAAAGUUAUUUUGAAAAAGUAAAAUUUAAAGGACGUGGAUAUGAAGAACAAGAUUUAAAUAUUCUUUUAAAAAUCUAUGAAUACUGGUGUCAUCGCCUAUUCCCUAAAUUUCCUUUUGACAGCUGUAUAGCAAGAUUAGAAAAAUUGGGAACCAAGAGAGCAACUCAGACCCAGUUAAAGAGAAUUCGAAUGGGUUUGAAUUUUGACGAAGUUCAAAAUACAAUACUAAAUGAUGAAGAGUUGAAUGUUACUGAAGGUUUUGUAGAUAAUGUUACUGAAGGUUUUGUAGAUACAUAUAAUGAUCAAUUUGAUCAGAUAAUGUCAACUACAUUAGUUACUGAUCCAGAAUCUGAAUUUAAUGAAGGACAGUUAGAAAGAAUACGGCAAAAUAAGGAAAGAGCAAAGCGUUUAAGAAAAGACAAAUUAAGAAAACUCCAAGAAACCAUCCAAAAUUCUGAGGUACAAAAUCAAAUGGACGCUCAUGAUACUGAAAGUUUUAGCAGUGUUGCUAGUGAUCAUAAUGGUCAAAGUGGCAUUAGUGAUUUACAAGAUUCUGAUAGAAUGCAGACUGAAGAUAAUGAUGGAAAUGAAGUAGGUGGUAAUGAAGAUGACAUUGAGAAUAUUUUAGAUUAUAUUAAUACUGAUGAAAAUCCAGCAAAUGCCAAAGAAUCGAGUAUUAGAGAGAAUUCUACUACAUGUCAGAAUCAAGACGAUGAGGAAAAUUCUCAAACUGGGAAGCAAUUUUUGAGUUUGAAUGAUGAAUCUAAUCUGAGCAAAAUUUUACCUAAUAGUAGUAGUCCAAGUCAGCUGGAUAUUGGUAGCGGUAACGACUGUCAAAUAGAAACCCAAAUCCAACCAGAUGAAUAUAGCCCACAGGAAAAUGUAAAUUAUAUAAGUUCUAACUCAGAAAAUGAAAAUAAUAAAUAGUUCUGUUUUAGGUUAUGUUACAAUGAAGAAUAAAGUAAAAUUUAAUAUUUUAUUAUUUGUAUACUUAUUUCUUAAAUCACAUCUUUUUACUAAAGCUAAUAAAAUAUAUUUACAUUGUAAGCUUUAUACAUUAGUUAGAAAAAAUGAUAGUGGUUUAUACAUUUAUAACUGCUUAACAGAUCUGUAGUAUAAAAUUAGAAAAAUCACUUUUUGCUUCUUUAUAAAUAGCAAUUGAUGCACCAAUACAGAAAAAUUUAAUAAACACUGAUAGAACUUUUAUUACAUUCAACAAUAUUUAUUACAUUAUAGCCAGUUAAAGUAUAUACAGGACAGAAAUUUACUUAGCAAGUAAUCGAGUACUAUUUCAAAC